AUGGCCGAACAAUCGAAACCCCGCUUCUCCCCCUCCGACGUCACCGUGGUCUUCCUGCUCGGUGGUCCCGGCAGCGGCAAGGGCACGCAAUCCUCGAAUCUCGUCCGCGACUAUGGCUUCGUGCACCUGUCCGCUGGUGACCUGUUGCGGGCCGAGCAGGUCCGCGAGGGCAGCCAGUACGGUGACCUGAUCAAGUCGUAUAUCCGGGAGGGCAAGAUCGUGCCGAUGGAGAUCACCGUGGCGCUGCUGUCGAACGCUAUGGCGGCCGAAUUGGCGGCCGGUACCACCGGCGGUGCGGGUCAGAAGGCUCGCUUCCUGGUCGAUGGCUUCCCGCGUAAACUCGACCAGGCUGUCUUCUUCGAGGAUACCGUCUGUCCGUCCGAGAUGACCCUCUUCCUGGACUGUCCUGAGGAGGUCAUGGAGUCGCGAUUGAUGAAGCGUGGUGAGACCUCCGGUCGUGAUGACGAUAAUGCGGAAUCCAUCCGGAAGCGCUUCCGCGUGUUCGUCGAGACGAGUAUGCCCGUCGUCAAGGCGUUCGAGGAUCAGAACAAGGUUGUGUCGGUGUCGGCUACUGGCUCCGUGGAUGACGUCUAUGCCCGCAUCCAGGAGGGUUUCCAGGCUCGGGGACUUAACCCUCAAUAA